CGCCUGAAUUUCAUAAUUCAUUAGUAUUGCUACAUAAGCAGCCAAACCAUUAAAAUUGAAAGCAGUGGCCUCAAAACUGUGCCAAUCAGCUGUUCAUUUGUUUACCGCGUUUUAGUCCAUAGAAAAGCGAGCUCGUUUCAAUAAUUUACCAAAACAAGUAAAAUUUCAGUUAAAGACAAAUAUACAAGCGAUAAUGACAAACAACGAUUUAAAUAUAUCUUUAGAAUUUAGUGCCGGCGCCGAAUUACUAUUUGGAAACAUUAAAAAACGCCAAGUGACAUUGAAGGGUGAAGAAAAAUGGACGAUACGCAAGCUGCUAAAGUGGAUGCACGCCAACAUUUUGACCGAACGACCAGAAUUAUUCAUACAAGAUGAGUCGGUGCGUCCCGGCAUUCUGGUGCUUAUAAACGAUACGGAUUGGGAAUUACUUGGUGAACUGGACUAUGAAAUACAGCCGAACGACAAUAUUUUAUUCAUUUCAACCUUGCAUGGUGGAUAAUUGCUGCUUGUGUCUAUUUUAUAUAUAAUUUUCUUUAAAAGCAUUUUUAUUUAUAAGAAAAAUAAAAUAAUGUUCUUACUAUUAGCGAACCUUUUUUUUAUGCAAAUUAAAUGUAAAAUACCAAGUGAGUUGACAAAUACAAA